ACUGAGAUCAGGGCUGUUAUCGUACUGAGCAUGGCCCUGUUCUGCCAGGUGUUGAAGAGAUCCCAACUGAGAUCUGGGCCUUGUUCUGCCAGGCACUGAAGAGACCCCAGGCUACAGAAUAACGUCCACGUUUUGCUCCAGAUCAUCCCAUUCUCCCAGGGGGAAGGCAAUGGCUGCAAUGGAGCUGGCUCAGGGGCCGGUGACUUUCGAGGAGGUGGCUGUGUAUUUCACUAGGGAGGAAUGGGCUCUUCUGGACCCUGUUCAGAGAGCCCUCUACAGGGAUGUCAUGCAGGAGAACUAUGAGACGGUGACCUCGCUGGUAGGGUUUCCAGUUUCCAAACCUGAUGUGAUCUCCCAGGUGGAACGAGGGGAAGAACCGUGGGUUCCAGACCUCCGUGGCUCUGAGAAAGAAGUGCUUCCAAGAGCUGCCUGCACAGGUAGUGACCUGUGUCUGGAUUCUCUCUGUCUCCCAUCAGGUGAUGGGAUGGUGAGUGAGAAUAAGGAGGAGAAACCCCAUCAGGAAGAUGCUGAGCGAAGAGAAGCACGUGGAAUGUUAUCAGGAAUAUCCAAAGAGAAUGUUUCCAGGAGUUGUGCACUCCCAGAAAAACCAAAAGCCUGUGAGACUCAGGGGAGGCCAGAGGGAAACUUUAGUAGCCUCUCAGACCUUAUAACAAGCGGCAGAAUCAACUUGGAAGAGACACGCUACAGGUGCCAUGAGUGUGGGAAAAGCUUUUAUCGGCGCUCACAACUUAUCAGACAUCAGAGAAUCCACACAGGCAAGUUGCCCUACACAUGCACUGAGUGUGGGAAAAGCUUUCGUUGGCGCUCACACCUUAUCGGACAUCAGAGAAUCCACACAGGAGAGACGCCCUACACGUGCACUGAGUGUGGGAAAAGCUUCAAUCAGAGGUCAAACCUUAUCACACAUCAUAGGAUCCACACAGGAGAGACACCCUACACAUGCUCUGUGUGUGGGAAAAGCUUCAGUCAGUGCUCUACCCUGAACAGACAUCGUAGAAUCCACACAGGAGAAACGCCCUACACAUGCUCUGUGUGUGGGAAAAGCUUCAGUCAGAGCUCUACCCUGAACACACAUCGUAGAAUCCACACAGGAGAGAUGCCUUACACAUGCUCUGAGUGCGGGAGAAGCUUUAAUCGGAGCUCACACCUUAUCGGACAUCAGAGAAUCCACACGGGAGAGAAGCCUUACACGUGCACUGAAUGUGGGAAAAGCUUCAUUUGGAGCUCUACCCUGAACACACAUUGUAGAAUCCACACCGGAGAGACGCCCUACACAUGCGCUGAGUGUGGGAAAAGCUUCAGUCAGCGCUCAAACCUUAUCACACAUCAGAGAAUCCACACAGGAGAGACGCCUUACACGUGCACUUAGUGUGGGAAAAGCUUCAAUCGGAGCUCUACCCUGAACACACAUUGUAGAAUCCACACAAGGGAGAUGCCCUACAUAUGCUCUGAGUGCGGGCAAAGCUUCAAUCAGUGCUCAAGGCUCAUUAGACAUUAGAAUAUGCACAGGAGAGAAAAUUGUAAUAAAUCUCUUGACUAGGGUUGGCAAAAACGAA